AUAAAUAACUGACAGAAUGUAUAAGUAACCUUCAGCCUAUCUAGCUAUCUCUCCCGACUCAAUCUAAUUUUACAUCUCAAAACAUACGCUUAUAUGCAGGAGAGAUACUAGACACGCUUGUGCAAUACAACUUUAUUUCCUCGUGCAUUUCCGAGUUAAGUCUGGGUAUAUUUGUUUCUUUCCGUAAAUAUAUUGAAUAAUAAAUAUGAUAUGACCUUGUGGCAUAUAAUAUAUUGACAUAAUUGACAGGCGUAUUAAACUUUUAGGGAAAACUUUAAACAUUUAACAUACUUAAAUUAAUAAGAGAAUUUCAAAUUUAAACAUAUUAAAAGUAUUUCAAUAAUAUCAAAAUCCCUAAUAUAAAUGAAAUCCAAAACUCCUUAAAACUUUUAUAUACUUAAGAAAACCCCAUAAUGCUACAAAAAUUUACAAAUGUUAUUAACGAGGUUGCUAAACAGUUGUUUAGAUGGAUGACCGUUUCCAUUUUGUCCGACUUCCGUUACCUCAGGUUAGAUUUUAGACCCGGUCGUCUACACGGAGCUAGGAAAUCGAUUUAAGCAUAUAUUUUACAUAAUAAUUACUCGUAUAACUGCUUGGUUCUGUAAACAUCAGAAAUAACCAGUUGAAUAUAUUAAAUGCCUUUAAAGUGCAUCUACCUAUUUUAUUGAAACAAAAAUACGUUUCAGGGCCACAAUACGAAACUUGCCCCUGCCACUUAAACAUUAAAGAUAACGAGUGUAAGCAUGUCAGCUACCAUUUUGAAACUGAUUCGCUAAAGUGGGGAGAGAUAUUCUCCGAAUACGAAAGUUGGAUUAAAGGAAGUAAUAUAUGUGAAAUGAGUAACCAAGAAGAUUUGGAGAAAAAGAAAUACAGAAACUGGGUGAGAGGUGGACUGGCGUUUAAAUAUCUUAAAGAAGGUAUCAAAGAAUUUGCUAAUGAUGUGGUUCAAGAAGAACACAAGAGAAUUAUUCAGGAUGUCAUAUCCGGACGCAGCUGUAACCAAUGCGAAAUUAAAAACCUGCAACCAUUGCAUACAUAUAAGAAAGAUCAUGCAGGCAGAAAGAAAUGUCCCAGUGGCAAAAACAGCUGUAACUCUCUUUAUACAAAUCAACAACGAUGUCCUGUAAACGUAUGCGACGCUAUUAUGGAAGAUAUUCUAAAAAAUCACGCAUCGACACCGCCUUCACCAAACUGGAAUAAUACAGAUAUACAGAAGUGGUGUUCAGCUCCGUGGGAGAUCGCAAAAUGUUUCAUCAAUGCGCCAGGAUAUUCUAACAAGUCUACGGCUGACGAUAUUGACACUUCAGGGUUACUACAUGUUUUUAUCAACAACUUGAGUCACAGAACACAUUUGUCUGACGACGAUAUAUUCGUAAAGACUCUACACAGAAGAAAUGAAUUAUUCCAUUCACCGAACUAUGAGAUGGAAGACUCUAAGCUAGAUGAAUGUAUAGAUGAAAUUGUAGCAAUUCUUGAGAACGAAAAAGAAUUGAAAGCAAGACAUGAUGCUCAAGACGCAGUCUUAAAACUAAAACAGUUGAAGCAAGAGAACUUUAUCAUUACCACGCACAACGAGACCGAGGUAUGCAGAGAUGCUCUAGCCUCCAUAACCUACAAAUCAGAUGAGCUGGAACAAAAGAUUCAAAAUGCUAAAGUCGACAUUGAUAAGAAACAAGCAGAAGCCACUGAAGCAGUAGGUGAUGAGGCAAAGAAAGUUUUACGAGACGCUUUGGGAGAAUCAGACAAUCAGAAUGAGACACUGUAUGAAAGAGUUAGGCAACUUGAAUCAGAGCGUUCGAAUACAAGACAACGGAUUACGUUCCUGGAGAGUAAAAUAGACACGCUGGAUACCAUAAACCAAAGUCACAAAGCAAAUUCAGACUACAUUGAAGAAAAACAAGAACUCUAGAUUGGAAGCACUGUCGACUUAAAGGAAAGACUUUCGUGCGUAGGACCUUUUGUUCGAAUAAAGGAAACUGGGGAAUUGUGCUUUUUGACUACGUGCGCUACCGAUAUUGAUUAUGAUGGAGCUGAAGCUUUCCUACCUGCCUUAGGUAACACAGUAUCGGGCGAAACCGCAUUCAGACAUGAACCAAAGAUAUGUGGCAAGGUUAUAGCAACUACACCUAAAGGUAUUCCUGUAGCCCUUGUAAAGAUUGCAAACGAAUGCAUACCAACAAAAAGCAAAUUCAGAUCUUUUACAGACGAGGAUCUGGCACGUGCAGCUCAGCUGAACUCAAGAAUCUCCAGGUGAAAAUACCGACCAAAUAGUUCUUGACAUGUGCAAAAAACUUGAUGUUGACAUUAACAUCAAUGAAAUUGACAGAUCCCACCGGGCAGGGAAACGUAGUGACACCGGAACCCCAAGACCCAUCAUAGUAAAAUUUGUGUCGUACAGAUCUCGCCAGCGUCUUCUUAAGGCUCGUACAGGAUUGAAAUCACACGGGCUAAAUGGCAUAUACAUCAAUGAAGAUCUCACUAAGCAACGUAACUUUGCUUUCUAUACUGCCCGACUUCUAGUAAGAAAUAACAAAAUCGAUAGCUGCUGGACUUUCGACGGUAUGAUAUUUGUAAAGGACAAGCACCAAAACGUACAUCGUGUCACAUGUAGUGAGGAUCUGGUCAGAUUCGAACAUUGACUUUUUGUUAGUGUACAAGAGUGUCCUAAUUAUAAGUGCAAACUGUACUGAUAAGUUUUGUCACAGUCACUGAGAUCACGUUAUAUAACAAUAGUACAGUUAUCCUACUAUUUAUAGCUAUGGUCAUUAUUAUAUUGUGUUUCACAUGCAUUGUAUUGUGACUAAAUCUCAUCAAUUUUCGUGCAAGGCGAAAUAUGCUAUAUCGUAGUUUUUUUGGGUUUUUUGGUUGUUGUUUUUUUUAUUAAUACCGAUAGUUUUUUUGUUUUUUUUUGUGAACUAUUAACAUACAAUACCGUAAAAUAUGCAUUAUUGUCUGUAAGUUUGUGUUUUUUUGUAUAUAUUUUUCCUGUACUCCUGUUCUCUAUGUGAACAUUUGAGGAUCAAAUGAUCAAAAAUUUGACUACUUUUAAUUCACAAUUACCAGAACUUAACGUGUAAUGUAUAAAUUUCAUUAACAUUAUCCAGUUUGGUAAGAAAUUCCAUACAUUCGCUGUAACGAUUACUUGAUCACAAACCUUAUCUGCAAGCGUUGUUAAAUGCCACUUAAUAUCCAUACAACUCACUUUUGUCACUUAUGAUUUUUGUUUUGUUUUUUUUUUCGUUACAAAAUUAA